UUUAAAGAGCAGAAAGGGGAAGCUAGAAAAGGAAUAGACGAAGAGAGGACUCCUUUUUCGUUUUUGGUGAGAGGGAGAGAGGGAGACGACUCGACUCUACCAUCUGUAAUUCCGUCCCAAACCAAAGACAAAAAGGGGAAAAAUUCCAAAUUAUAAGCUCAUAGAAAUUUUUAUAUAAGGAGGUGAAACUCGAAAGCAGAGGUGGUUGCUUCCUCCUUCCUACCAAGUUUUGAAAGAUGAACGGCGGCCCCUCCGGUUUCAAUAAUGCACCAGUGACUAGAAUCUUUCUAAUUGCUUGUGCUCUUUUCACCGUAUUCUUUGGGAUCCAAGGCCGUUCUUUCAAGCUUGGUUUGUCCUAUCAGGAUAUUUUCAGAAAACUUAGCAUAUGGAAGUUAAUUGCAACAGUUUUUGCCUUUUCAUCCACACCAGAACUGAUGUUUGGACUUUAUCUACUGUACUACUUCAGGGUGUUUGAGAGACAGAUUGGUUCCAACAAGUACUCAGUCUUUAUCUUGUUCUCAGUAAUGGUUUCAUUCUUCUUUGAGGUUAUGGCUCUAGCUAUUCUUAAAGAUCCCACAGCUAAUCUACUCACUUCUGGACCUUAUGGCCUCAUAUUUGCCUCAUUUGUACCAUUUUAUUUUGACAUCCCAGUUUCAACGUGGUUUCGUAUAUUUGGUGUUCGCUUCUCUGAUAAGUCUUUCAUAUAUCUAGCUGGUCUUCAGCUUCUUCUAUCGUCUUGGAAAAGAUCUUUCUUGCCAGGGAUAUGUGGCAUCCUUGCUGGUUCAUUAUAUCGUCUAAAUGUCUUUCACAUCCGCAGGGCUAAGUUCCCUGAGUUUGUUACGUCCUUCCUUUCGCGGCUUUCUUGGCCUUCUACGGGGAACCCACCUACAGCACCAGCAAGGAAUCUUGCAGGAAAUGUACCUUCCUACACAACCCGCCAAGUGGAGAGAACCUAUCCGUCUACUGCUGCACCUUCUGCCAUAGAGCCGCCAGAGGACUCCAUUGCUACCCUGGUGUCAAUGGGGUUUGAUCGGAACUCAGCCAGGCAGGCACUUGUGCAUGCCAGAAAUGACGUCAAUGCUGCCACAAACAUUCUUCUUGAAGCACAGGCCCACUAAUUGAACACAAAAAUUGCCAGCAUUGUAGCCCAGAAGCUGUUUCAUCUCACAGAUAUCGACCAAUUUGCUUGCCUCCUGGACUUCUGUGGCAUUGGUAACAUCGCUUUGAAGUAGUAUUUUCUUCCAUUUUGUCCCCCACUUAUUUCUGUUGGUAGCUAGUAGUUUCAGGUUAAGUAAUCAUACACCAAUGCAACUGAACACUAGGAGUUUGUAAAAUUGUUAACCCCAUGAAUGCUGUCAAAAGGAUACAGUGCAUAAAGAUGCAAGUUUUGCAUGUGGGGCUUAUGGUCCAAAAUUACUGACUAGUUUGUACAUUUGUUUUAUUUGAAUUGACAAUUAUUAGGAGGGACUUGGGCGGCUGGUGGUGUGGCAAAACAUGCUUGAUUAUAUUUGAGGAAUAUGUUUCAAUUUUAUGUCGUUUUACAAUGGAAUUUAACAUCUUCAACAAUUUAAUUCUCUA